AGGACUGAUUGGCCAACACAACAGACUCACUUUGGAAAACACAUAAAUACUACAGAGUGCUACUGUAGGACAUCUUUGACUCGCUCAAAGGCACGAGAUGCCAGCCCUCAGCCUGAUCGCCCUGCUCAGCCUGGUGUCCACUGUUUUCACCAGGCAGUGGGAGGUGCACCCUCCCCAGCAGCAGGGCAGGCACUGGGCGCAGAUAUGCAGCGGGAACCCUUUCAAUAAGAUCCGGGGCUGCGACAGAUACGGCUGCGGCAAUUACGGAGCCAGCAGACAGGGUAAAGGAGAAAAGCACAAGGGCGUGGAUGUCAUCUGCACUGAUGGAUCAACAGUGUAUGCUCCCUUCAGUGGCCAGCUCUCCGGACCCAUUCGAUUCUUUCAUAACGGAAAUGCCAUUGAUGAUGGAGUCCAAAUCUCUGGGUCAGGUUACUGUGUAAAACUAGUCUGCAUUCAUCCCAUCAGAUACCACGGCCAAAUCCAGAAAGGGCAACAACUUGGAAGAAUGCUGCCAAUGCAGAAAGUGUUUCCUGGCAUUGUCUCUCACAUUCACGUCGAGAACUGUGACCAAUCUGAUCCUACUAAUCUCCUCAGACCUGAUGUUUUACCACCCCGCCCACCAUUCCCACAACACGAUACUCACUGGGCAGCAGUAUGUUCUGGGAAUCCUACGAACGAGAUAAGAGGCUGCGAUAAAUACGGCUGUGGAUAUUUUGGAGCUCCGAGACGCAAUGGCAAAGGAGAGAAGCACAAGGGUGUGGAUGUCAUCUGUGCUGAUGGUGCAACAGUGUACGCUCCCUUUUCUGGUGAGCUGUCUGGACCCAUUAAAUUCUUUCAUAAUGGAAAUGCCAUUGAUGAUGGAGUCCAAAUCAGGGGAUCAGGCUUCUGCGUAAAACUGCUGUGCAUCCAUCCCAUCAGAUACAGUGGUAGGAUUUCUAAGGGACAAGCUCUUGGCAGAAUGUUGCCAAUGCAAAGAGUAUUUCCUGGGAUCACAUCUCAUAUUCAUGUUGAGAACUGCGAUCGCUCAGAUCCUACUAGCAAUCUUGAAAGGGGGAAACAGAGAAGAAAGUGAAACAGAAGUGUAAUAAGUUUUGAAUAAAUACAUCUCAGCAUCCAAAUGCUGUUUUUGUUCUCACAUGGAUGGUCUCUCUCAAUGAAAGAAGGAAAAUGUACUUUACAAGUAGAAUGAAGUGUACACAGCAGGCACAAUAGAUUGCUGAUGCAGUAUUUUGAGCCUUACUUAUUAUUGUAAGGCCCAGCAUCAACACCUCUGCCAGGUACCAGUGAGGUACUGAUUUUUAAGUAUUAGUAGUUGUGAAUAUUGUACCUUAGGCUAGCUUACAAACUUUACUGCAUUUUGGAAAACAAAGUUACUGAAAGGAAGAUUACUUCAGUUUCUGAAGGCAUCUUAAACUGAGAAAAAUUAGAGGGAAAUUUACAAGAACAUUCCAGAAGACAAAGAUACUGUUUAGAAUUGUCAUACCACGACUGAUGCCUCUAUAGAUUGGCAAGAGGGACUCCAAAAUGGAACAUGAGAUUUUGUUUGAAUGGGUAUUUGUGGAAAACAAAACAAACCAAACAACGGGAAGUUAGCAAUGACUCACAAUAAGCUUUGUCAAUGAGUCAGUCAAGAAACUUGGAGAUCAGCUUACCCCCUCAUGUGGCAGAAAAGGUGCAUUGCUGCAAGCUUCUUGCUGGAACUUGGACUUUCUGGAGUGACCCUACAAAUCAUCUUCAUCCCUUAGGUGUAGAUUUUGCAUUUUACAUGGAGGUUUUUAGUUAUUCAACAUCCUUGCAUUACAUACUGAAGAGAGGGAUGUUUAGAAGGUAGAAAUAAUACACGCAUUGUACCACCAACACAACACUGAAAUCUAACAUUAAAACUAAAAUUCAGCUUUAACCAUGUCAAGUGCUACCUGUAAAUUGGUAUUUCACAUGAAGACUAAUGAAUCAAGUUGGUUGAUAUUAUGAGUUGGCCUUCCUUAUUCACAUCGUUCUGAACAAAUAUGCCAAAAGAAGUCACCAUAUUAAGAUUUACUUUGCUAAUAAACACAGGCGCAUUUUCAAGCUUGGAACUGGAGCAAUCCAACAUCAGCAACUUCACAGAAAAGCUGCUCCAUUAACAGAGAAAGGGACAAUAUUCAAAUAAGCAUUUUAAAGUUCCCCCCUCGUGUUUCAUUUCUGUAUAUAACCACUAGAGACUUGCACUUCACUAAUUCAUUAGUGAAUUCCAUCAUGUUGGCUACAGGGACAUAAAGGACUCUAGAACUACUCAACCCUCUAAAAGAUUUGCCAGCAUAUCUAAAACUCUAUUUUGAGGCACAAAUGUGAAAGGACAAUUAUUAAUUCUCUAUUACUCCAACAGCUCCACUACCUCUAUAGGUUUGCCAUGUUAGAAACGUGACACAACUCAACCUGAAGGGAAGAUAAGCAGUGCAACAGACAGAUAAGAGUCUGGGAUCAGUGCAGGUAUUAGAUCAGUUUAUUAUGUUUACAGUUAAAGCAAAUCACACAUCUUAAACCAAAAACUGCUUGGAAAUACCUCAGUCUUUUUUUCAAUCCCGACUUAUGGAAGCAAAGGCUUGGGUAGUAAGUGCUAGUAACCAGAGCCAGAUGCUUCUUUUCUUAAUUGUGCAACAAGCAAUAAUACAUUAUUGAUUUAGACAUGCAUUAUAUGCUAUUGGAAUUCCUUUAGCUUGUAACUGUGAACAAGUCUGAUCAAAACAACAGAGGUUUAAGCCUCUAUUUUUUUUU